AUGAAGGCGAUCACCUCAAUCCCGCUCUUGCCGAAAUUGACAUCGUCGAAUAUGGCAAUGAACUUAGCGGAGAACUUUCUUAAAUCUACUAAGGUCAACGAGGAAAGUAUUGCCACUCUUUUCACUUUGCUCAGCAUCGAAGCCACGAACUUGAAGCUAUUUAGUAGCCAGGAGUUUCGCAGGCUCAUUGAAGCCGUCGAGAAAGUCUUUGGACAGCAUAAUGCAGAAGUCGAUAAGGCAAUUUUCGAUGUACUCUCGACUCGUUUGUCUACGAAGGCACUAAUCCAACAGCUUUGUGAAGUCGAUGAAGCGUCACAGGCUAUCCGACUGCGGUUAAAGGCGCUCUUGAUUCACAAGAUAUUGGACGGUACGUCGGAUAUUGAUAAGCUUCAUUUGUAA